GAUAUCUACUUGGUUAUCCUCCUCUUGUUCCUCUCUUCCUCUUCUUCUUCCUCUUCUUAAUCCUCUACUUCCUCAUCCUCUCCUUCAUUCUCAUCACAUCCAUCACCACCUCCGCAAUGGACACAAAGACCCUCGCCUCCGCGGCCUCCGUCCUCGGCGCCGUCGACGACUCCCAGAAAGCAAUCCUCUCUCCCGAGGCAAUCGCCUUCCUCGUCCUCCUCCACCGCACAUUCGACCCCACCCGCAAAGCCCUCCUCGCCCGCCGCGAGGUCCGCCAGGCCGCCCUCGACGCCGGCGUCCUCCCGACUUUCCUCCCCGAGACAAAAUACAUCCGCGACGACCCUAUCUGGCAGGGCGCGCCGCCCGCGCCCGGCCUCGUCGACCGCCGCGUCGAAAUCACCGGCCCGACCGACCGCAAGAUGGUGAUCAACGCCCUCAACUCCGAGGUCUGGACGUACAUGGCUGACUUUGAGGACGCAACCGCGCCCACCUGGGACAACCUCAUCUCCGGCCAGGUCAACCUCUUCGACGGCGUCCGUCGCCAGAUCGACUUCACCGUCCCCGGCGGUAAGGAAUACAAGCUCCGCACCGACCGGACGCUGCCCACGCUCAUCGUCCGUCCGCGCGGCUGGCACUUGGAGGAGAAGCACUUCCUUGUCGACGGCCAGCCGAUCUCUGGCUCGAUCUUUGACUUUGGUCUUUACUUCUUCCACAACGCCAAGGAGCUCAUCAAGCGAGGCUCGGGCCCCUACUUUUACCUGCCAAAAAUGGAGUCCCACCUCGAGGCGCGGCUCUGGAACGACAUCUUCAAGCUCUCGCAGGACAUCCUCGAAAUCCCCCGGGGGACCAUCCGCGGCACCGUCUUGAUCGAGACCAUCAUGGCCGCGUUCGAGAUGGACGAAAUCAUCUACGAGCUGCGCGAGCACUCGUCCGGGCUCAACUGCGGCCGCUGGGAUUACAUCUUCUCCUUCAUCAAAAAGUUCCGCAACAACCCGGCCUUUGUCCUCCCCGACCGCUCGCAGGUGACCAUGACCUCGGGAUUCAUGCAGGCCUACGUCAAGCUGCUUAUCAAGACCUGUCACCGCCGCGGCGUGCACGCCAUGGGCGGCAUGGCGGCGCAGAUCCCGAUCAAGACCGACGCGGCCGCAAACAAGGUCGCCAUGGAGGGCGUCUACAAGGACAAGCUGCGCGAGGUCACCGCCGGCCACGACGGCACCUGGGUCGCGCACCCCGCGCUCGCGCCAAUUGCGUCCGAGGUCUUCAACAAGAUGAUGCCGACGCCCAACCAGCUCUUCAAGCGCACCGACGACGUCGAGGUCUCGGCCGCCAUGCUCCUCGACUCCAACGUCCCGGGCGAGGUCACCGAGGACGGCAUCCGCAAGAACCUCGGCAUCGGCCUCGGAUACAUGGAGGCCUGGCUCCGCGGAGUCGGCUGCGUGCCCAUCAACUUCCUCAUGGAGGACGCCGCCACGGCCGAGGUCUCGCGCUCGCAGCUCUGGCAGUGGGUCAAGCACCAGGUCACCACCGCCGAGGGCGUCAAGGUCACCAAGGACUACGCCCUGCGCAUCCUCGACGAGGAGACCGCCAAGCUCGAAAAGUCCGCGCCAAAGGGUAACAAGUUCCGCGCUGCGCAAAAGUACUUUGCGACCCAGAUCACGGGCGAGGACUAUGCCGACUUCUUGACCUCCUUGCUUUAUGACGAGAUUGUCACUGCAAACUCUGCCAGCGCGAAGCUGUAAGCACCUACUUAAAUGUCGUUCUGAGAUGUCCUUUUCUUUUCUAUUUUGAGAUACAGCAUGUUUGAUCUCGAAUGACCUCAAGAGAUAUUAGUACUUGUUUCCGCUCUUUCCUCAACUUUCUAUGUGCUUUUCAUCUUCAUAAUCAUAACCAUUACCCUCGUUCUUAAUAAUUUAGCAAUAUUAUCAAAACCAGCGUU